AUGGCAUCUUUUGCACAGCAAUUUGGUGGGUUAAAGAGCCCGCCAAUCUCAUCUACGCUCCCCAGCUACUCUUCCAAGAAUCGUCACUGCACAGUGCUGCCAAGAAAGAGAAUUGCGGUGUCAGCUGCUGCAGUGCCCAUCACAAAUGCACAGACAAGGGAGAGAACGAAGCUCAAAGAUAUGUUUGAGGAGGCCUAUGAGAGGUGUCAUACGGCCCCCAUGGAAGGCGUUUCAUUUACCAUUGAAGACUUCCAUUCUGCUCUUGAGAAGUAUGAAUUCAACUCUGAAAUUGGAACCCGGGUCAAAGGAACAGUUUUUAAUACGGAUGCAAAUGGAGCAUUAGUUGACAUAACUGCAAAAUCGUCAGCACACUUGCAUGUGCAAGAGGCAUCCAUAUAUAAUAUUAAGCAUGUGGAACAGGCUGGCAUUUUUCCUGGGUUGCGCGAGGAAUUCGUAAUUAUUGGUGAAAAUGAGGUGGAUGAUAGUUUAAUCUUGAGCCUACGUGUAAUCCAGUACGAACUUGCUUGGGAACGUUGUAGACAACUUCAAGCCGAAGAUGUGGUUGUUAAGGGGCUGGUUGCUGGCGCAAAUAAAGGUGGAGUGGUGGCAGUGGUGGAGGGACUUCGUGGAUUUGUUCCCUUUUCACAAAUAUCAACAAAAUCAACUGCAGAGGAGCUUCUAAAUGUAGCGCUGCCCCUUAAAUUUGUCGAGGUUGACGAAGAACAAUCUAGGCUUGUCCUCAGUAACCGCAAGGCCAUGGCUGAUAGUCAGGCACAGCUAGGAAUUGGGUCAGUUGUAGUUGGUACUGUUCAGAGCUUGAAACCUUAUGGCGCCUUCAUCGACAUUGGUGGAAUCAAUGGACUUUUGCAUGUGAGCCAGAUCAGCCACGAUCGUGUCUCAGAUAUUGCUACUGUUCUUCAGCCUGGUGACACUUUGAAGGUCAUGAUACUAAGCCAUGAUCGUGAAAGGGGCCGAGUGAGCCUUUCUACUAAAAAGUUAGAGCCCACUCCUGGUGACAUGAUUCGUAAUCCCAAGCUUGUCUUUGAGAAGGCGGAAGAGAUGGCUCAGACAUUCAGGCAAAGAAUUGCUCAAGCAGAAGCCAUGGCUCGUGCUGACAUGCUCAGAUUCCAACCUGAGAGUGGAUUGACCCUCAACUCUGAUGGGAUCUUGGGACCUCUGACUUCAGACUUGCCUGCAGAAGGUUUAGAUUUAAGUGAUAUACCCCCAGCUGAAGAAUGA